AUGCCAAGAGAGACUGAAGAAGAAAUGUUCAAACGCCUGACGUCCGAGGCUCGCGCUGAAGCUCGACGGGAACAAUAUCGAGACCUCGAACGUAGAAGACAGCGGAAGAUUGAGCGGAUAUUGAAGGAGAGGCUACCGCAUGAACAAGAGGCAGAAGAGGAGGAGGAAGAAGAAGAAGAGGAAGCAGAGGAUGAGGAUGAGGAUGAGGAGGCGGUUGUACGACAAGAGGUGCAUAUGGUCGUGCAACCGACGUCGAUAUUCCAAGCGAGCAGGAGAAAAGCAAGGAGAGGGAAGGGAAUCAUCAUGGCUAAGCCACGAAAGAGGAUGAUGAUGUGUUCGGCGGCGGCGGGGGCAAUGACGAGUGUGGGAGGAGCGGACGUGAGCGUGGACGAGGAUGCGGAUUUGGAUGUGGUGGAGUUGGAUCGCGUUGAAGCUAACAACAAUAUCAAUGGCAAUUGGGUUUGUUGUUCUGCUGAGGAGGAGGAAGAGAUGGGAGAUGUACCACCACAAGUACCCACGCCUCCGAGACGAGAUGACGGGACCACGAUGGAUUCGGUUGCUGAAAGGUGUCUGGUUUUCGCACAAGAUGAGGAGGAGGAGGAGGAGGAGGAGGAGGAGGAUCGAGAGGAGGAAAAGGGUGAGCUCGCGACAUAUGUCAAGGAAAGUGAACGUCGUCCAUUGCCAGGCCAAGUGCAAGGUGAAGGGCGGAUAGAGGAACAGGUUGGGAAGAAGCUUGGCGUCAAGCUAUAA